UCCAGCUCCGCCCUGGCCACCCCGCGGCCCCGCCCCUAUGCGCGCUGGUUGGUCCUCGCAGGCAUGAUGAAACUUCCCGCACGCAUUACAGGAGCCAGGUCGGUAUAAGCGCCCGGAGUCUCGCCGGCCAGCACGCUGUCCGCUGCCCGGCCCCCGCUCACCGUAUCUGCUUGACUUGCUUACGCCCAGCCUGUGGACAUUUUCGCAGUCCAGGCCCCUGCGGCGGACUGGUCGGAGCGUGCUGGUGGCCAGGGCGCAGUCAGGUGUCGCGUGGUCCUGAUCUAGGAAGAAGAGACUCUGGCUUUAUUACUGCCUCGGUGUCUGUGCUUUCCCCUUCAACUGCCCUCGUCCUCACCUGGACCCCUCACCUUCCUCCUCCCCUCUCACCCCGCCACCCCUGCCAGUCCCCACCCCUCUCUGUAGACUGCAAGACUUAACAAGUGACUUGCUGAGCAAACCCUGCCGAGAAGAGAUUUUCUUCAAUCACAUCUGAAUAAAUCACUUAGAGAGAGCUUAUAGCUUCAUUGUACCAUGUGUGGCAUUUGGGCCCUGUUUGGCAGUGACGACUGCCUUUCUGUUCAGUGUCUGAGUGCUAUGAAGAUUGCACACAGAGGGCCAGAUGCAUUCCGUUUUGAGAAUGUCAAUGGAUACACCAACUGCUGCUUUGGAUUUCACCGAUUGGCAGUAGUUGAUCCACUGUUUGGAAUGCAGCCAAUUCGAGUGAAGAAAUAUCCGUAUUUGUGGCUCUGUUACAAUGGUGAAAUCUACAACUAUAAGAAGAUGCAACGCCAUUUUGAAUUUGAAUACCAGACCAACGUGGAUGGUGAGAUAAUCCUUCAUCUUUAUGACAAAGGAGGAAUUGAGCAAACAAUUUGUAUGUUGGAUGGUGUGUUUGCAUUUGUUUUACUGGAUACUGCCAAUAAGAAAGUGUUCCUGGGCAGAGAUACAUAUGGAGUCAGACCUUUGUUUAAAGCAAUGACAGAAGAUGGAUUUUUGGCUGUAUGUUCAGAAGCUAAAGGUCUUGUUACAUUGAAACACUCCACGACUCCCUUUUUAAAAGUGGAGCCUUUUCUUCCUGGGCACUAUGAAGUUUUGGAUUUAAAGCCAAAUGGCAAAGUUGCAUCUGUGGAAAUGGUUAAAUAUCAUCACUGUCGGGAUGAACCCCUGCAUGCCCUCUAUGACAAUGUGGACAAACUCUUUCCAGGUUUUGAGAUAGAAACUGUGAAGAACAACCUCAGGAUCCUUUUUAAUAAUGCUGUAAAGAAACGUUUGAUGACAGACAGAAGGAUUGGCUGCCUUUUAUCAGGGGGCUUGGACUCCAGCUUGGUUGCUGCCACCCUGUUGAAGCAGCUGAAAGAGGCCCAAGUACAGUAUACUCUCCAGACAUUUGCAAUUGGCAUGGAAGACAGCCCCGAUUUACUGGCUGCUAGAAAGGUGGCAAAUCAUAUCGGAAGUGAACAUUAUGAAGUCCUUUUUAACUCUGAGGAAGGCAUUCAGGCUCUGGAUGAAGUCAUAUUUUCCUUGGAAACUUACGACAUUACAACAGUUCGUGCUUCAGUAGGUAUGUAUUUAAUUUCCAAGUAUAUUCGGAAGAACACAGAUAACGUGGUGAUCUUCUCUGGAGAAGGAUCAGAUGAACUUACGCAGGGUUACAUAUAUUUUCACAAGGCUCCUUCUCCUGAAGAAGCCGAGGAGGAGAGUGAGAGGCUUCUGAGGGAACUCUAUUUGUUUGAUGUCCUCCGCGCAGAUCGAACUACUGCUGCCCACGGCCUUGAACUGAGAGUCCCAUUUCUAGAUCAUCGAUUUUCUUCCUAUUACUUGUCUCUGCCACCAGAAAUGAGAACUCCAAAGAAUGGGAUAGAAAAACAUCUCCUGAGAGAGACGUUUGAGGAGUCCAGUCUGAUACCCAAAGAGAUUCUCUGGCGACCAAAAGAAGCCUUCAGUGAUGGAAUAACUUCAGUUAAGAAUUCCUGGUUUAAGAUUUUACAGGAAUACGUUGAACAUCAGGUUGAUGAUGCAAUGAUGGCAAAUGCAGCCCAGAAAUUUCCCUUCAAUACUCCUAAAACCAAAGAAGGUUAUUACUACCGUCAAAUCUUUGAACGCCAUUACCCAGGCCGGGCUGACUGGCUGAGCCAUUACUGGAUGCCCAAGUGGAUCAAUGCCACUGACCCUUCUGCCCGCACACUGACCCACUACAAGUCAGCUGCCAAAGCUUAGGUGGUCUUUAUGCUGUAAUGUGAAAGCGAAUAUUUCUUGUUGUUGUAUGGGGACUAUGGGUAGAUAGGGGAACAAUGAGAGUCAACUCAGGUUAACUUGGGUGUGAAAAAAAUAAAAGUCCUAAAUCUAAAA